GGAGGAGGAGGAGUGGAAAGGGGCUGAAGCAGAGCACAGAGCUCUUACAGAGAUAGAGUGGGAUUUCUGGACAUAGGGAGGAACUCUCUAACUGAUCACAGGCACCUCACAUGCCCUGAACACUGACUCUUAGCCUGGGGCUGUACCACUCUGCAACUGACAGUAUUUAUUCUCUAACCCACUCACUGCUUCUUUUUCCUUGGACACUAUACAUUUUUCAUAGUGGGACUUUCUGUUUGGUCUGGAGAGAGUUACGUGCAAUAGUGAGAGAUGAUCCCGUUCCGCGCUCUGCAGUCUGGCGGGGCUGCUCCUCGUUCCUGGCUUCUUCUCUUGGCGCUGCUGUGUGUAUGUAUCCUGAUGAGCGGGGCCACACCACAUCUCUCCUAUCAGCGUCCCGGCCAGAAGGGCAAGAACUGGUGCGCCUACAUUGUGAAUAAGAAUGUCAGCUGCACGGUCAUCGAUGGGACGGAGAGCUUUAUUCAGCCUCAGUACAGAUGCGCCUGGAAUCAGAUCCACUGUCAGCCAACAAUGGUAUAUAAAGUGAGCUUCCGACCAAGAUACACUACGUCGUAUAAAGUUGUCACAGAGUUAGAGUGGAGGUGCUGCCCUGGCUAUAAGGGGGUGGACUGCAAAGAAGGUCCUUCAGAAGAAGCCAAGUCUGUUCCUCUACAGACCUCUAGGCCUGCCCUUGGCCGCAAAGAUAUCGGUACAGGUGUAAAACCGCAAAAGCCACAAGAGGCCAAAAAGGAAUUGCAGGAUCUGCAGAAUUUAAAUGAAGCACAAGAGAAAAAAAUUAAUUUCCUUGAAGAUGAAAUGCUUCGCCUAACCCAGACUGUGAUUGACAUGCAAACAUCUCUGGCAGGUGUAAAUGAGAACCUAAAGCUUACUAUUCAAGAGGAUGUGAGCAAGAAUCUAGUUUCAUGGCUAAGCAACUUGCCACAACCAGAAAGUUUCUCUGGCGGAAAAACCGAGACUAUUAAGUUCCAAGGAUUUUCUGGAAGUACAGAAAGAGAAGAUGGGGUAAGAGACAUUAUUUCUGAAUUAAAUGGUGUGAAAGAAGCCUUACAGAGUAAAAGUCUUUUGAUUGAUCAACUCAAUGAAAAAUUAAAUGUAUAUGAAGAACGUUUAAGGCAGUUCCAGGAGGCAUCACAUGGACCUGCCCCUACAUUGCACACUGGUAAUGCACCAGAGAAGUCUAUAGAUGAUAAAUUAGAAGCACUUAGAAAUGAAAUGCUAGAAGGAAUGGACAUCAAAAUGGCAGAUCUGAAAAAUUCCUGUGAUUAUAAAUUAACUAGUGUUCAGCAACAAUGUGAGGACCACGAGACCAGCUGUUUGGGUGUGAUAGAGCUUCUUAGGGAGAAAGAGACUGAACUCCGAAAGGAAAUAAAUGCAGUAAAGUCCCAGGGAGGCAUACAAGGAAACGGUCAGAACUGUUGCACAAAUAAUGGUGAUCUUGACAAUAAAUUAAAACAUUUAGAUCAAAAGGUUGAGAGAAUUUCUGAAGCCCACAAGGUUCUCAAUAGCAGAAUAGACAAUGAGAUACAGCAUAUAAACAAUCUAUCCCCAGACAGCAGUUAUGAGGAAAGAUUGACUGAAUUGGAUUUUAAAAUUAACAUUACAGAAAAGAAUGCUGAGGAGCAUUGCUUCUACAUUGAGGAAACUCUGAGGGGGCUAAUUAUCACAAAUUCUAAUGAAAUGAAGGAUCUUCUUGAUACAAGACUGCAGAAAAUGGAAGACAUUGUAUGGGACAUCACAAAUGCAUCUUCUCCUGAUGUUGUGCAUUCUAAUACUGGGUCAACAGCUCACCAUGAACCAGAAUCUGUCAGUGGACACCUUGUAAUUGAAAUGAAGGACCUUAGGGAUGCAGUAAAUCAACUUGAAGGCCAAAUGUACUCAAUGUUGCACUCUAGUGAAGACUAUUCAAACAAUAAUGAUGGACAUAAAGAAAAUAAUUUUAUUCUUUUAAAAUCCUUGAAUGAUACAAUAAAUGAGAAGUUUGACCUGAUCCAGCUGAACAAAGUAGGUAUCGAAACAGUGAGCAGCGACCUGCGGAAACUACAGCAUAAACUGAUCAGUAAUGAAGAGGAUUUGAAUUUGUUAAAAGAUGGGGUGAGUGUGUUUAACAAUCAGAUACUGGAUAUAAAGUCCACUGUUAAAUAUACUGAAACAGGACUGCAUAAAAAAGUAGAGGAAGUUGAAAGACUUUGCAAAGAUACCUCACACUCAGCAACAAAUAAUGAAUGCUGUAGUGGCCUUCAGAGCAGAUUUGAACUACUGAGCAGUGAAAUGACUGCUGACAAAGGAAAAUGUACUGAACAUACUCAGGGAAUUCAAAAGGAGAUGUCUAACGUGGACACUAGACUCGCAAAGUUGGAGAAUGUUUGUGGGAAGCUUGACACCAUCUCUGACAGUAUGCAGAGGAUAAAAGAUGGCCUUAAUAAGCAUGUUACCAGUUUGUGGAACUGUAUACAUACCAUCAAUGGAACAGUAAAGUCACAUUCCAAUGACAUUUAUGGCCUAAAGAAUUCAGUCCAGGUGUUUCACAGCCAGGUCUCCAAAAUCACUUCUGAUCUUGACAAUCUUAUCAAGAGCCAACCUGCAGUAGGAGAAGAACCAGAGCAGACACUGCAAACUAGAAUUAUACCUCCGCUGCCACCAAGAGAACCUCAAAAGCCAUUCUUUCCCCAAGUUCCACAACAACCAAUUAUCCCACAACAACCUGUGAUACCACAAAUACCUCAAUACCCAACACAGCCUAAAGUAACAGAACAUGCAGCACAACCAAAGCUACCUCAGGACCCAAGUGUCUCAAAACCACAGCAGCAACCAUCACAACCAAGGCAACCUUCCUUGCCAGACUCUGUUUUCACCAUCCCUGUACGUCCCGGAACCAAUGGGAUCAUUGUUGAAACUGGUGAGGCUGGCCCCCCAGGAAGAAUGAUCAAAACUGAGUCAAGACGGCCUCAAGGUGCAAAUGGGCAGGAAACAAUCUUAUUGGCAACAGACUCAGCAGCAAAAAUACUCAAGUCUGGAUCUGAACGGCCUCAUGGUGCAGAUGGACAACAGGCAAUGCCAGUUUCAAAAGGAUUUGCAGGAGCACCAGGAUAUCCACAAAAAAAUGUAAAUGCAAGAGUUUUAGAUCAAACAAAAAGACCUGGUGGUUCAGCAUCACAAGAUGUUUUUAACAUACCAACAUUUUCAGAUGCACAAGAGAAUCUGAGAGUAUCCUUUUCGGAAUCACAGGGAGCCACUACAACAACAGCUUUGAUUUCCUUCUCUGUGGGGCUGAAUGGAAAUGGAAUGGAUACUUUUGAUGUUGGAGUCAUCCAUUUUAACAACAUUUUGGUCAAUGAUGGCGAACACUAUAAUCCAGCAACAGGUAUCUUCACUGCUCCUAUUGAGGGCCGUUACAUGAUCACAGCAGUCCUGACUCCUGAACAAGAACAUCACAUUGAAGCCAUUUUGUCUGUGUCCAAUGUCAGCGUGGCACAGAUGGACACGUCCGGCUACAAAAAAGAAGUUCUGGAAUAUAACAAACCAGGGAGACUAAUAUGUGGGGGAGUGGGCACUUUCCAUCUCAUCCUGCAUCUGCAAUCUGGAGAUGAAGUCAGCAUUGUGCAGAUCGGAGGCAAGAUCGCCAGCUCCAAAACAGAUGAAAUGUAUUCCACAUUCAGUGGGGUCUUUUUAUACCCUUAUUCUUCUUCUUACAGAUAAUUUCAUUCCACACGAAACCAAAGAGACAUUUAGGAAAGAUAUUCACUGUCAUUCAGUUGGGGGUGUUAGUAUAUUAUAUUUACAAAUAAUUUGUGAGCAGUUUAUCCAUUCUGUGCCCUGAUGCAAUUUACAUCACCAUGGCUAUAAAUGUCUGCUUUGUGCUCAGUAUUAGCAACAGUUUUCUGAACACUUUGUUACAAACACAACAUAGUGCACUGUUAAGGAAUGUAUUUUUUUAUUCAAUUCAAGAUGUUUUUAUAUAUUCUUUAUUUUUAAUUAUCCUGAACUUUUUUAUCCAAGCCCCAAUAUAAUAAUUUAAUAUUUAGUGUCUGAUAUUGCAUCUAUUUCUUCCCACUCUGUAACUGAUCUGCCCUUGUAACCAAUACUGUUUCCAGGUUGGUCCUUGCAGAGUAUAAAAGGUGUGCCUUCCCAUGUUGUUAUAUACUGCUGUAGCAUAUAUCUCUGCAGUGCCGUAUCAGCCAAUCAGCAGUUAUCUAGCAGAGAAAAAACGAUAAAGGAAAACAUCUGAUUGGACCCUGAAGAGCACUGAUUGGACCUGGCUGUGGAAUGAGUGAUCUGUGUUUGGCUGGGUGAAAUGAAUUGGGCCAGACGUUCAGACAAGGGACUUUAUGGGGUACGUAGGGUCCUAGGCAUGGUGAGCAUUGAGAGCACACAUAAGGGGAGGCAGACCACACUUUCUAACUUGAUCUGGAAUAAAUGUAUAUAAUUUAGGCAAACAUUUUAAUUUAAUCCAGAACAAGGUGCAAUGGCUAACCUCCAGCAAACCUAAUUGUUCAGAUUUAGAAAGGAAUCAGCAUAGAUGAGGCCCCUAGUGCAGACAUGUCAAGCCAUUUCCCUCUCUAUGAACUAUAAUCCCCAGCAUCUUCAGCCAAGAUUCAAGAUUUUGUAUUUACUGUAUUGAGGCAUCUACUGUAACUGGGAGAAGUGAUUGUACUGUACUCGUGCUGUUUACUUAUUUUCUUACAACUAUUCAGUGAUCACAAUGGUUUAUUUAAAUGCUUCCUUUACUUCCUGCAUUACAUGGGACACAAUUGAAAACGACGCUGCCCUCGGUAACCUACAGACACAUUUCAGAAGAAAUAAUCGCGCUCUAUUAACCUUCACAUAUUUAAUACUCAAAAUUUAUAAUAGAAUUUUCUUCUUGCUGGCACUGGGUGUAAUACAACCAAUAAAUAUAUGAACGGUUACCCCUUCACUGCACUUUAUAAAGAAUACAUAUGUGGAGAGUGAGUGAGCAUUUUUAUUCCUUGUGUUAAUGAAAAGGAAGCUUCAUGGCUGAGAUACUAAUGCACCCAUAGAUCCAAGGAAAACCUAAGACCACAGUGUCAGACAUAUACCUGCAGAUAAACAAUGUAUAAUAUGUAUCAAGGCUAUUUCCAUUCUUUACAUUACUCUAUAGAAAUAUGAAACAAGAAAUGUUCUUGAUUAUGGAGUGCCGGAGCCUAAACCUGCUGACAAGCUCUUUGGCGUGAGUAGAACAGAAACCAAUGCAGCUUCCUAGUGGGUGUAAAAUGAAACCUCUGCAAUCACAUUGUGGCUUUCCUGAAACCUUCUCACUUGUCUGUGAUUAUUAAAAACCAAAAUGCACUCAAGCCCUUCCUAAGUGACUGAAUGUAUGUUUUCAGGUUGUUUUUAGAUAAUAUAUGUGUUUGUGGAAAGAUACCCACCACUGUGAUUUAACCGCCUGCUUUGCCUCUUUCACUCUGUAUAGUUCUGCCUUAGGUAACCCCUUUUCCUGACCUCUACCAAAGCAGUUACACUUCUACAUGUCUAUGCAUUUCCUAUGGGUUUUUUUUUUUACUUUGAUGUCAAAUUGAAAUGAUUAUAAACUAUUUUAAAUAUUAAAGAUUGGACUAUUUUACAUCUCA